AGGAGCUAGGAGCAAGGAGCCAUUCACAGCCUGAGCAGAUCCCAUGCUGGAGGGAGAAGCUUUGCUCAGUACACUGUGCUCCUGUCUUCUUCCUGCCUUCCUGCAUUUCUGACAAGCAUUAGGGUCUGUUUUGGCCCCGCUUCUGAAGAGGUUGUGUGUGCUGUUGGAGGAACUAUACUGAGUGACUUUGCAGGGUGGCAGCAUGGAGUCCCUCUUCCCUGCCCCAUUCUGGGAGGUCUUGUAUGGCAGCCACUUUCAAGGCAACUUGUCUCUCCUAAAUGAGACUGUACCCCACCACCUGCUGCUCAAUUCUAGCCACAGCGCCUUCCUGCCCCUUGGACUCAAGGUCACCAUCGUGGGGCUCUACUUGGCUGUGUGCAUCGGGGGGCUGCUGGGGAACUGCCUCGUCAUGUAUGUCAUCCUCAGGCAUACCAAGAUGAAGACAGCUACCAACAUUUAUAUAUUUAAUCUGGCACUGGCUGAUACCCUGGUCUUGCUGACACUGCCCUUCCAGGGCACAGAUAUCCUAUUGGGCUUCUGGCCAUUUGGGAAUGCACUAUGCAAGACUGUCAUUGCUAUUGAUUACUACAACAUGUUCACCAGCACUUUCACCCUGACCGCCAUGAGUGUAGACCGCUACGUGGCCAUCUGCCACCCAAUUCGUGCUCUUGAUGUUCGGACAUCCAGCAAAGCCCAGGCUGUUAAUGUGGCCAUAUGGGCCCUGGCCUCUGUGGUUGGUGUUCCUGUUGCCGUCAUGGGCUCAGCACAAGUGGAGGAUGAAGAGAUCGAAUGCCUGGUGGAGAUCCCUGCCCCUCAGGACUACUGGGGCCCGGUGUUUGCCAUCUGCAUCUUCCUUUUUUCCUUCAUCAUUCCCGUGUUGAUCAUCUCUGUCUGCUACAGCCUCAUGAUUCGGCGGCUCCGGGGCGUCCGUCUGCUUUCAGGCUCCCGAGAGAAGGACCGGAACCUGCGUCGUAUCACACGGCUGGUGCUGGUGGUGGUGGCUGUGUUUGUGGGCUGCUGGACACCUGUGCAAGUCUUUGUGCUGGUACAAGGACUGGGUGUUCAGCCAGGCAGUGAGACUGCAGUAGCCAUCCUGCGCUUCUGCACAGCCCUGGGCUAUGUCAACAGCUGUCUCAACCCCAUUCUUUAUGCUUUCCUGGAUGAGAACUUCAAGGCUUGCUUUAGAAAGUUCUGUUGUGCUUCAGCCUUGCACCGGGAGAUGCAGGUUUCUGAUCGUGUGCGCAGCAUUGCCAAAGAUGUGGGCUUUGCUUGCAAGACUUCUGAGACAGUACCACGGCCGGCAUGACUAGGCGUGGACCUGCCCAUGGUGCCUGUCAGCCCUCAGAGCCCAUCUACACCCAACACGGAACUUACACAGGUCACUGCUCUCUAGGUUGACCCUGAGCCUUGAGCAUCUGGGGCCUUGAAUGGCUUUUCUUUUGCUCAGGGUGCUUAGAAACCUAGAGGAAGACCUUAUAACACCAUGGGACAGGUCAAAGUGUCAAGGUGGCCUCUAUGACUUCUGUCGGAAUAGGCUCCCCACUCUGGUGUGAGACCAGAGAGGGCCAAAGGACGCUGUACGGAAAUAUCUAGAACACAGUGGACAUGCCUGGAGAACCUACAUAGAUAUUCUUGCUUCACGUGACUCUUCCCUGGCCUCUCCCUGCAGCCCUGGCUCUGGGUGAGCUCAGCCUGAGGUAUUUCAGUGACCAUGCAGUCAUACGCUGUAUGCUAUUGCCCAAAGCCUUUAAAUAUUUCAGUAGGACCGCUGAAAAUACUUGGUGUUGCCUGGUGCUGCAGUGGACAGCAUUUUUUUUUUUUUUUUUUUUUUAAAUUGAGACUGGCCCUAAGCUUGGAGCUGCCUUGGAUCAUUUUCUGGUUCUGGCCCCACUGAUUCAGCCAGAUUACCUGGGGUGGGUGGGUGCCAGUGGUUUCUUGGAUGGUUGCUCUUUGAAGAUUCUUUCCAUACUGUAACAUAAAGUCUGUGAAGGGGACUUGGCAUUGCCUCUGUCUCUGCCACUUCCUGUUCUAUCUGACUGUGACUCCAACAUGGGGCACUUUUCCAGUCAGAGUCCAACAGGGGACAACACCCAGAACUUUGUGAACUCUUUUACCACAGACGGCUUGGCAAUCCCUACUUCUAGGUGUGUGGCAAGUAACCAGGAGAAAGCUGCUGUGUGGCCUCUGUAGGCUGUACACAACGUGGAGGCAGCAUGUACAGGUCUUAGCUGCUCCCCACAGCCUCCCUCAGCUCUCUGGAAGUCUCUCUUUUGACACCAGAGGUCAGCAGCUGUACUGCUAGAAGCAUAUUUGUAGCCUGGAAAGGGUCUGGAUGUGUUCUGCUUAAUUUAUAGGCCUGAGGGCAUAUUUGAGUAAGGCCUGAGCUUGCUGCCAAAUUCAAAGUUGGCAUCAAAUGAAGAGUUGAUGUGAGAACUGAAGCCCUAAAAUGACUCAUUUGAGACAAUCUGCAAGGACCAUCAGAGUUUUGCAGACAUUGGAAGAAGAGUCUUUACCUUGGAGACCUAUUUGAUGGUUCAGAGAAUAAGAGAUUUUGUGGAUGUUCUUUUUGUGGAUCAGCUACCAAAAUGCUAGCAACCUCAGAUAGACUUUGGUCUUCUGCUGAGACCUUGGUUAGGUGGCUUCACACAUGCAGAGCCUGGGCUAGUUCCUAUCUCAGAGAGACCUUGGCCUUAACGAUCUUAAUGGGGAGGCCAGGACUCUUUCUGUGAUAUUUGGGAGGGAACUAUUCAUUAUACUGUUUUCUUGCCAAGGUUUAAACUUUGUGAAUUUGUACAUCUUCACGUAUUUAAGCAUGCAACAAGUGUCAUUUCCAUGCAUGUAGUCAGCCCUGAGCCUGCCUCUGGAAUAAUGGAGGAGUGCCAUAAUAAACACCUAACCAGUGA